AGCUUUGCCUUAUAUACCCUUAGGCUAGUCCAUUCCAACGGUUUUCAGGUUAUUUCGAUAUUUGAAGUCUACAAUACGUUUUACUCAAAAGCCCCUUCACUAAAUCUUAUCAGCAUAAUUGCAGGAACCAUGGGAAAAAAAUGGAUCAGCAAAACCCUAAAAAGAGCAAGACCGAACGUUACCUUACGAUAGGAAUUCCCUCCGUCAAAAGACAGAAUAUGACUUAUCUAGAGCAUACACUUCUAUCCCUGGUAUCAAAAACAUCACAAAAUGAUCGCAGACGAGUAAUUAUUGUGGUGUUUUUGACUGAUAGUAAUCAUACCUGGGUGGUACAUCGAGCCAAGGAAGUCUACAAAAGAUUCAGAGAGCAUGUAGAUUCCGGUUUUAUACAAAUUGUACAUCCGCCUCAUAUCUUCUACCCUAAUUUCCGGUUGCUGGAGCGUCGGUUCAAUGACAGCCCGGAAAGAGUUGCCUGGCGAAGCAAGCAGAAUUUAGACUACUCUUAUUUGAUGACGUACUCACAACCUAUGUCGAAAUAUUACCUACAAUUAGAGGAUGACGUCAUGGUUACUAGUAAUUACACAAGAAAGCUUGAAGAUUUUAUAAACAGAAAUCCAAGCAAAUGGCUAUUCUUGCGUGUGUCAAAACUUGGUUUUAUUGGGCUUCUGUUUAAAAAUUCUGAUUUAUUGAAAGUGGCCAAAUUUUUACGUAUUUUAUUUGACGAAAAACCAUGUGAUCUCCUUAUAAAUGAUUUACGUGUCAUCAAAGGGCAAACAAAAGAUAUUAUUCUGUCCCCAUCCUUAUUUCAACACAUGGGGGUUAUUUCUUCUUUAAAAAAUCAAAUCCGGCGUGUCAAAGAUAAUACAUUUAGGGCUUAAUUCUUGUC